UGUGUAUCUCACAGAAAAGAAAGUGGGGAAUCCAUCCCUAGCGAACCAAAGGUGACCACUAGUGAAGGCAGUGAUGCUGGAACCUUUUCUCUUAACCACAUGCCUUUCUUCUACUGUACAAAAUAUGGUUUGUAAGCUUGGAUUUGAAAUACAAGACCAUUUUGAUAUUAGAAAAAUUGUAAACGAGGAAAAUAAAGUAUGUUGGAGCAACUUAUGUGAAAACAUUGUUUUUUCAGGUCAGGAUUUAGAUUAUGCACAAAGUGUGAGACAGCUUGGACCAGUUUGUGAAGCAGUACACAAACAUAUCACCUCCCUCUCGGAUGCUGAAUUUGAGGACGCUUUUGGAAUGUACUUCCAGUGGACUAACAAUGCCACGUUAUUUCUCAGUGUUUUGGACACCAUAAAGAGCUUGAAUGAUGCAAAGAUUUCCAUGAGUAUAAUGAAAAUGUCAUCGUGUUUGGAGAGGUCGUUAGGAGAUGUGUAUUUAACAGUUGGGAAAAACUGUCCAUUCUUGCUGAGGGACCUACUUGCAUCAUCAGAGUUAGUCAAAGUCUUCAGUGAACCUGUGAUGAAUAUUCUCAGAAUAUUUCUUGGCUCCCCAGAAAGUCUCAAUCUCCGUAACAUCCUGUGGCAUGGAUUUGCAUCUCCACAUGAGAUUCCACACAAAUAUUGUUCCAUACUUUUAUUGCUAACAGUUGGACUUGGACAGAUAAUUGAAACAUACUUCCAUGAAAAUAAGUUGUCACUAGAACAUCGACCAUACUUUGUGUUCCACAAUCUAGAGAAAAUGUGCAUAUUCCCAGAUCUUUAUGAUGAAGAGCUUUCUGUGGCUGAAAAAUUGAUUGAGAAAUCAAAAUUUGUACUUCAACACAUGAAACCUUUCUGGAUAGAAGCUAUUUCAGCUUUCAGACAGAGAAGGUAUGCUGAUUGUAUUAUAUUAUUACUUCCUCAACUUGAAACUGGCCUGCGUCUGAUCUUUACCAUAGCUAAUAAGUGCCCAUACAGAAUGCUCACUGCUGAGUCUGCACAUUUGUACACCACUUUUGAUGAGAUAUUGGCAAAACAAGUGGAGAAUGAAUUUGACAAUCAAGUCCCACAGAUUCUAGGGGAACCAACAAUGGAGUUUCUUUGGGACUUCUUGAAUCAUCAGGAAGGACCUCGGGUCAGAGAUCAUCUAAGCCAUGGAGAAAUACAGCUGAACAAAUUUCCAAGAGAAGUUGCCAAUCAGUUAUUGUGUUUCACAGUUGUACUCUUAUCAAAACACUUAGAAACAGAACAUGUCCUCACCCAGCAGGAUACUUCCACAUUGCAACCACUCAUCGCUGCUACAGAGUGCUAUAUGUCAAGAUUUCAUCCAAUAGCUCUUCUUCAAAACCAGUUGUUGCAGUGUUGUGAAAGUCUUCGAAACUGGCCUAUACCUUCUCUUAGUUAUUUUCAGCAAGUCACUGGGUGUGGAGAGAUGUCAGAACUAGGGGUGACAUUCAUUCAUGAAAUCACAUAUAUUCUAUCUCUACUUCAGCUCCAGAAAGAUGACCGUUUUCACAUUGAUGACAUUAACAGUUGGCUUCUGACAGAGAAGUGGUUUAAUAAUAUCUGUACACUGUGCAGUAUACACAUUCACAACUUGUAUUGCCAUCGACGGGUACUUGAAGCAGUUGGUGUUCUAAGGAAAGUGGUUAAGCAGUGCAUCCUUGUGUCAGAUAAUGUUCUUUCCAUAUCGGAGGCCAGAUAUAAACAGUGGCUUGACAAGACAUUGCGAUCUCGUCAAAGACAGAAUUAUCUCCGAAUGCUAAGUAGCAUUAAAGCCUUGUCCCUGGUCCUGGGUUUAAUUGUAACUCUGAUGGUUUUGGAUCUUCACAAUAUAUAUAAGAUCGCAGAGCAGACACCACUGGAAUACAACAAGUAUUUGCGGUAUGCUAAGUCAAUACUACAGUACACAGAAAAUUUGUCAACAUGCACUAGCGUGGACAAGAACAGGUGGAAUGAAGCCAUUGAACUAUCACAAAAAAAUCUUUUACAAAUAAGGAUUUUUAUUGAGAAAAUUGUGCCCUCACAUACAAUACAGCAAAACCGUGCUUAGAGGAAGAAUUAUACGUCUAAAACAUGGUAUAUGGAUUUUGUUUCUUUAUGAAAAUGUACUUGGGAUUUUUUGGUUUAUAUAUUUUACUUAAAUAAAUAUAGAAGUGUGAA